CUUUUAAAACUCUGCAACAGUGCAUAGAUCUUUUGAAAAGUUUGCCGGACGACGAGAGUUUCGUAUUUGAGAGUAAAUACAUUCCCUCGAGCACCAUAGGAAAGCACGUAAGGCACAUCUGCGAACACUUCCGGUUGCUACUUGAUUCAAGACCCAUACCGGUAAAGAGAUCCUUCGCUGAAGAAUAUUUUCUCACCUCAGAUGAUAAUGAUAAUGAUUCGAUGGACACUUUAAAUGAAUCCUCCGAAUGGAAUGUUGAUUAUGAUAAUAGAACCCGUAAGGGGGCCGCGGAAACGUCACGAGUGCUAGCUAUUAAACAGAUUGAAAGAUUACAAUCGACCAUCCUGGAAUAUAGCACCAUUAUACCCCUCAAUACGCCGAUAAAUAUGUGUACUGUUGCUGAUAAAGACCCGAUGCAUGUGCAAUCGACAUAUGGAAGGGAAUUAUGGUUUUGUUGUCAUCACGCGGUUCAUCACUAUGCUCUUAUCCGAGUGAUUUGCAUCGAGCUCAAAAUUCCAUAUCCCGAAGACUUUGGCGUUGCACCGUCAACUCUUGUGUACCUGGAAGACAAGGAACGAUUUACGCUAUAG